UAAUUUAUAUUAACAAAAAAAAAAUAUGAACGAAGAAAACUAAUAAUAAGGAAGCUUUAAUUAAGAAAUUUCAAAUUAAUAAGAAUAAUUAAAUUAAAAUUGUAAUAAUGAAUAAUAUGUUUCUUCAUUAAAUGAUAUUGAAUUAUCUAAUGAAUUUAAAAAAACAGGAAAUUAUAAAUACAUUAAAACCUAUUAAGAACUAGCUAGAGAAAAAGAAAUAUAUGAAUAUUAAAAUGCUAAAAAAAAAUCUUAUAUAAAUGUUAAGGCAAUUACUACAGACUAAAUUUAAGGUAUUACAUCAGAAAUAAAUAAUUUUUUAUCAUUGAAGAAAGUUAAUUUAGAUUAAAUUUUAGAUUAGUAUUUCUUUACAGAAUAAGUGAAAAAAAGAGGAACAAUUUCAAUUUAAGAAAUUAUAAAUGUCUUAUAAGCUGAUCCUUUUAAUCUUUCUGAUAACUAAUCUAUAUAAUUAUCUAGAUAUUUAAUUGAAGAUAAUACUCAAGAUGAAAUUAAAUUUAAAAAAAAUAUGGAUGCAAGUAAUGUGAUUGUGAGAAGUAGAAUCAAAUUUGCAAUAGGAAGACUUAAAUUAUUUACACCUGAAAAAGAAAUUGAAAUCAAUAAAUAGAUUACUGAAAUAUUAAUAAAACAUGGUGAAUUAAUGAAAUUUACAUUAUGUAUGAUAGGAGAUGUUAAAAAAACAUAUAAAUGCACUAAAGAACAAAUUCUAAGAUGCAUGAAAACUUCAAAUAUAGAAUUAAGUAGUGCACAGUAGGAUUAUUAUUUUUUAAAAUUAUAUGAAAAUUCAAAUACUCCUGGAAAAUUUAAUUUAGAAGAUACUACAGCGCUUUUCGUUAAAUAAUAAGAAAAAAGUGAAUGA